AUGGCUCUCAUUGAGACAAAAGUAAAGGCUUGCAAGCUUCCAGUAAUAACAAAAAAAAUUGCUAGCAAUUGGAACUGGUUUUCUAAUGAUCUUAACUCUUGUAAAGCAAGAAUUCUGAUCUUAUGGGAUCCAAAUAUAUUGGAUAUUCAGGUUGACAGUUAUUCUCCUCAACACAUCACAUGCUCAGUUAAAUCCUUAGAUGAAAGAAUUGAUUGUUGCAUUUCUUCCAUAUAUGGAUAUAAUCAGAUUGAUAACAGAAAAUCUCUCUGGUCAGAGCUAGAACAGAUUCAUCAAUCUAUUGGUAAUAAACCAUGGAUCAUAUCUGGUGAUUUUAAUGCUAUAACUGGAAGUGAGGAUAAACUUGGUGGAGCAGUGGUUACAGACGCUGAAACAAUUGACUUCAGUAACUUCAUUGGCAGCUGUCAGCUCUCUCACUUGAAAACUGAAGGCUGCUUUUUCACUUGGAAUAACAAACAAGAGGCAAGUUCCAGAGUAUGGAGUAGACUGGAUAGAACUCUGGUAAAUGAUGUCUGGCUAAAUUUUCACAACUCUAGUCAUGUUGAAUACUUGCUACCUAAUUGCUCAGAUCACUCCCAAGCUUUGGUGUCCAUAUAUGAUGAUUGUGUGCAAGGAAAAAAACCAUUUAAAUUCUUCAAGAUGUGGAUCAAACAUGACAGCUACUUACCCUUAGUCACUUCUAUUUGGCAAACUCAAAUAUCAGGCUGUUCAAUGUAUUCUAUUGUUAGCAAAUUGAAAAAAUUGAAGACUGCUCUCAAGGAUCUCAACAAAAAAAGUUAUUACAACAUCAGUGAACAGGUUAACAGAGCAAGAGUCAAUUUGGAGAAUGCUCAAAGAAUUUUACAUUCUGAUCCUCUAAAUCCUGACUUAAUUGCUCAGGAAAAAUUCUGUGUUACUACACUCAAUAAGCUAUUGGAUUGUGAGCUGUCUUUCUAUCAGCAAAAAUCCAGAAUUCAGUGGUGCUUACAAGGUGACAGAAAUACAACUUACUUUCAUUCUGCUAUCAAAGCUAAAAGGAAUCUCAAUAGGGUUUUGGUGUUAUACAACAGGGAGGGGGAUAGAAUCACUGAUGGAGAUAUGAUCAUUCAAGAGCUUCUUGAUUUUUACAAGAAUCUUAUGGGAUCAAGUACACCAACUGCCAAAACUGAUAAACAUUCAAGAGCUUCUUGA